CAUACCAUCUAUUUACAAGAAACAGAACAAUAACAUGGAAUUUGGGGCAUUCCUGUCACUUAAAAUGUUGUCUAGCUAGUUUAUGAUUUGACGCUAGUGAUGUUACAACAAGUAAUGGUUUCUCUAAUGGGCUAUGGCUCUCAGGUAAUUAUUUCCCAAGGGUCAUAUUACUCAGGUGUCUCAAGUUCUAGCAUGCUGGAACAGGCUAGCUCGAACCCACGACCUAUAACCUUGUGAUUAUGCAUUAUCAUUACCGAGGGGGAUAUGUAAUGAUGCUGAUGACUAAAAAUAAUCAAGCCAACACAUGCAACCGAUGAUUCUGAUCAAAACAAAUUCACUGAAGAUCCUUAAUUCUUAUCAUGUUGUUGUACCUUCCCUUCUGCUUCCAAAUGAUGCAAUAAACUUCAUCCCUCUACUGGUUAUAUUCAGAAGAAUUGCAAGCAUGCACCAUUAAGUUAUAUGUGCAACCAGAAGCCUUAAGUGAUUUUUGGUUUUUGCGACCAUAAUUUUUCAAACAUUCCAUACAUUAUUAUUAAGUAUUACAUUUCUCGUUUAUGCUUAGCAUGCAUCCUAAGUAAUUUUCACUCACAUGAUGAUAAUAUUAAGUAUUACAUUCAUUGCACAAGCAGAAGACCUCAUCCUAACAAAAAGGGGCAGCCCGGUGAAUGUAGCUCCCGCUUGCGCAGGGUUCAGGGAAGGAUCCGACCACUUUGGGUCUAUUGUACGCAGCCUUUUCCUGCAUUUCUACAAGAGGCUGUUUUCAGGACUUGAACCUGUGACCUCAUGGUCACAAGGCAGAAGACCUCAUCCUAAUGUUGAAAAAUUAGCGGACAACCCUAUGAAUUAUUCCUCUCAGCAACAGAAAACCUGCAUUUUAUUUCCAUGGACAAUACUACUUCAUGAUCAUACAUGGAGAUCCGAAAUCAAACGAAGCACCCAUGCAGUGUACUGUGUUAUCAAUAACCAAGACAUGCCAGACAUAUAUGCUAACUCAUUGAUGUUUGCCAAGCUAACCAAAAGCAGGUACUCUCCUUUGGAGGUUAGCAGAUGAGAUUCUUGCUGUCGGUUGCUCCGUUCAUCGUGUCAUUUCUGCUGCCUGUCUGAUAUAAAUACAGGGAGAACCCCAGGGCUUCAGCACCAACACACUGCCUACCAUUCUCUUCCAUUUCUAUACAGAAGAAAACAGCACCAAAGCUUCAAUCUCAAAGCAUGGCUUACCAUCUACGAUCGGCAAGCACGCCUUCGAGCCCUCGAUCAAACAAAAGUGAAGUCGAGCAGCAGCUCCAGAGCCUAAGCACAGCCAUCUCUUCGCCCUUGGCGACCAUCGAUACGAUGUGUGAUGGCUUGAGGAGGCUUGGUGACAUCUACAGCUGCAUCGAGAAGAUUAUGUGCACACCAAGCAGCCAAGUCAGCCUUUGUCAGGCUCUUCAAAGAGCAGCGGUGGAGGUGGAGCUUGGACGGUCCCUCGUCGUGCUCGAUCUCUGCAACGGCAUGCGGGAGAGCUUCAUGGAAUUGAAGAUGACUGUCCAAGAGUUACUGUUGGCUCUCAGGAGAGGAGAGGUUGUGUCUUCUCAAGUCAAGGCAUAUGUCAGGCUAGUAAACAAGGUGCAAAAACAGUUCAAGAAGAUUAGCAAGAAGACUGCUUCCGACAAGAACGGCUGUAGGGUGGUGGUGCUACUGGCAGAAGCGAGAGAGAUCACCAUUUCGCUGCUCGAAUCCACAUCCUCAAUCUUGUCGAAGCAAGUUGAGAUGCCCAAGUGGUCUCUUUCCUCCAAAACAUUCCAGAGGAGCAAAGUUAUGUGCCAAGAGGAGCAAUUGCAGGCAUUUGAGCACAGUAUUGGAGAUCUUGAGAGCGGAGUGGAGCUUCUCUACAGGAGAUUGAUCCAGAACAGAGUUUCUCUUCUCAAUAUUCUUAGCUCGUAGAUACCCUGAGCUCUAGCUCCCUCUGGUUGGCAUCCAC